AUGGGUUUAAUCAAUUUCUUCGCUCUGGCCUCGUUGGCGUCUAUAGCCCUAGGGUCCCCCGUACCUCUCCCUGACACUUUCCGUCUCGUGGUUCGUGAGGAUAGACCGUAUAAUGCAAGCUUACCCAAUGUGACCAUCUUUGCGACAGGUGGCACAAUUGCAGGUAGCGCAAGCUCGAGCGACCAGACUACGGGUUACCAAGCCGGUGCUCUCGGUGUCGAUAUCCUAAUCGCUGCUGUACCCCAGCUGUGGAAUGUGUCAAAUGUACGCGGCGUACAGGUAGCAAAUGUCGGGUCGCCUAGCAUAACGCCCGAAAUCCUGCUCAAUUUGACGCAGCAGGUUCAGAAGGAGCUCGACAGCCCGUAUUGCCAAGGCGUCGUCAUUACCCAUGGCACCGACACCCUCGAAGAGUCCUCCUUCUUUGUCGACCUAACCAUUCGUUCCGAAAAGCCCGUGGUAUUCGUCGGUGCCAUGCGCCCUGCGACGGCCAUCAGCGCCGACGGCCCCAUUAACCUCCUCGAGGCCGUGACGCUAGCUGCGGACCCCGACGCGCGAGGUCGGGGUACCAUGAUCGUGCUGAACGAUCGCAUCUCGAACGCCUACUACACCACCAAGAGCAACGCAAACUCUCUCGACACAUUCCGCGCCGUGGAGCAGGGGUUCCUCGGCUUCUUCAUCAAUAUCAAGCCCAAAUUCUACUUCGCGCCUGCCCUUCCACUGGGAAAGCCAUACUUCGAUGUUAUGAACACGACAUGUUUGCCCCAAGUCGAUAUACUGUUCGGUCACCAGGUAUUGAACCCUACCCUGGCGUCAGCUGCCGUGGAGAGUGGCGCCAAGGGCCUCGUGCUUGCUGGUAUGGGAGCUGGAGGUUGGACCACACCAGGAGAUAAGGUGAUCCAGGAUGUUAUAGAGAAACACAAUACGGCCGUUGUCUAUUCGCGACGGUCAAUGGACGGAUAUGUUGCACCUACCGGCACAUUUGGGUACGGAGGAGGCUUUCUAAAUCCUCAGAAGGCUCGAAUAUUGAUGCAACUAGCUCUUGGUGCGGGAUACGAGAACGCCCAAUUAAAAACCUUGUUUGAGUUUGACGCGUAG